AUGAACCCCAAGAAGCAGAUGGACCCUUUUGGCCUCCCAGCAGAGGUGGCAGAGUGGCGCAUUUACUACCUGUCCCUGGAGUUCUACAUGGGCCGCACCCUGCAGAACACCAUGGUGAACCUGGGCCUCCAGAAUGCUUGCGACGAAGCCAUUUACCAGCUGGGUUUGGACUUGGAGGAGCUGGAAGAAAUCGAAGAAGAUGCUGGGCUGGGAAAUGGAGGCCUGGGCCGCCUGGCAGCUUGCUUCCUGGACUCCAUGGCCACCCUGGGGCUGGCAGCGUAUGGUUACGGCAUCCGCUAUGAGUUCGGUAUCUUCAAUCAGAAGAUUGUUGAUGGCUGGCAGGUGGAGGAGGCCGAUGACUGGCUACGCUAUGGCAAUCCCUGGGAGAAAGCUCGCCCAGAGUACAUGCUCCCUGUGCACUUCUACGGCCGUGUGGAUCACACCCCUGAGGGUGUGAAGUGGAUCGACACCCAGGUUGUCCUGGCUAUGCCUUAUGACACACCAGUGCCAGGAUACAAGAACAACACUGUGAACACCAUGAGGCUGUGGUCUGCAAAAGCACCCAAUGACUUCAACCUCCAAGAGUUCAAUGUGGGUGACUACAUCGAAGCGGUGUUGGACAGAAACCUGGCAGAAAACAUAUCCAGAGUCCUGUACCCAAAUGACAACUUCUUCGAAGGCAAGGAGCUGCGGCUGAAACAGGAGUACUUUGUGGUGGCUGCUACCCUCCAAGACAUCAUCCGCCGCUUUAAGUCCUCCAAAUUUGGCUGUCGAGACCCUGUGAGAACAUGCUUUGAAACCUUCCCAGACAAGGUGGCUAUUCAGCUAAAUGACACCCACCCUGCCCUGUCCAUCCCAGAACUCAUGCGGAUCCUGGUGGAUGUGGAGAAAGUGGAUUGGGACAAGGCCUGGGAGAUCACAAAACGGACCUGUGCAUACACCAACCACACUGUGCUGCCUGAAGCCCUGGAGCGCUGGCCAGUCUCCAUGUUUGAAAAGCUGCUGCCACGUCACCUAGAGAUCAUUUACGCCCUCAACCAAAUGCAUCUGGAUCGGGUGGCAGCUCUCUACCCAGGGGACAUUGACCGUCUCCGGAGGAUGUCAGUGAUCGAGGAGGGAGACUGCAAACGUAUUAACAUGGCACACCUCUGUGUGAUUGGCUCCCAUGCAGUCAACGGUGUGGCCCGCAUCCACUCUGACAUUGUGAAGAACUCAGUGUUCAAGGAUUUCUAUGAGUUGGAGCCAGAGAAGUUUCAGAACAAGACAAACGGGAUCACGCCGAGGCGCUGGCUCCUGCUGUGCAACCCGGGACUGGCCGAUGUUAUUGCUGAGAAAAUUGGGGAAGGUUUUAUCACAGAUCUGAGUCAGCUGAAGAAGCUACUGGAUUUCAUCAAUAAUGAGACUUUUAUCAGGGAUGUGGCGAAAGUCAAACAGGAGAACAAGCUGAAGUUUGCAGCCUACCUGGAAGAGCAGUACAAGGUCAAAAUCAACCCUUCGUCCAUGUUCGAUGUUCAGGUCAAGCGAAUCCAUGAGUACAAGCGGCAACUGCUGAACUGCCUGCAUGCUAUCACCCUCUACAACCGCAUCAGAAGCGAUCCAUCCAAAUCCUUUGUGCCCAGGACUAUUAUGAUCGGAGGAAAGGCAGCUCCUGGCUACCAUAUGGCCAAGAUGAUCAUCAAACUCAUCACGUCCAUUGGCGAGGUCAUCAACAAUGAUCCCUAUGUUGGGGACAGGCUCAAGGUCAUCUUCCUGGAGAACUACCGGGUAUCCUUGGCUGAGAAGGUGAUCCCGGCGGCAGAUCUCUCCCAACAGAUCUCCACAGCUGGCACAGAGGCCUCGGGUACUGGCAACAUGAAGUUCAUGGUGAACGGGGCCCUCACCAUUGGUACCAUGGAUGGGGCCAAUGUGGAGAUGGCUGAGGAGGCAGGCGAAGAAAACCUCUUCAUCUUUGGCAUGCGGGUGGAGGACGUGGAAGCCCUGGAUCGCCAAGGGUACAACGCACAAGAGUACUACAAGCACCUGCCAGAGCUGCGGCAGGCCAUCGACCAGAUCAGCAGUGGUUUUUUCUCCCCUCAAGACCCUGGUUGCUUCAGGGAUGUUGUCAACAUGCUCAUGUAUCAUGACAGGUUUAAGGUGUUUGCUGACUACGAGGCCUACAUUAAAUGCCAAGGCCAAGUGGACCAGCUGUUCAUGGACCCCCGGGAGUGGACUAAGAAAGUCAUCAGGAACAUUGCAUGCUCGGGCAAGUUCUCCAGUGACAGGACCAUCAUGGAGUAUGCCCGAGAGAUAUGGGGCGUAGAGCCAUCUGCCACAAAAAUCCCCCCACCCAACCUCCCGCGGGAUUGAUGCAGGCACAGAGGGAAAGAAGGAGGGAUGGGUUCCCAGCCCAGGAGGCUCACCUGCAUUUCACCACCAGUCGGAUGGGCUCAGCUCUGCAGAAACAAGGCCUUUCCCUCAGGGGGGUGGAAGGAUAUGCUGAGGAGCCCUGACUGAGGAACAGGAGCUGGGGGAGAGGGCAAAGGAUCCUGCGUUUGUACCCAUGUAUCCAGACUGCAUGUGCUGCAUAGUGCUUUUAGUGAGAUGACCACUGAUAAGUCUUCC